AUGCUACCAAGGGCGGUCCGACGGGCGGCGUCGCAGUUCAGAUGGAGUGGGGUGAGGGCUCUCAGCGAGGCCGCAGAGAAGACUUCCUUCGGAGGCCUGAAAGAUGAGGACAGGAUUUUCACGAACCUGUACUGCCGUCACGACCCCUUCAUCAAGGGAGCACAGGAACGUGGCGAUUGGUACCGUACCAAGGACAUUGUGACAAAGGGUCCAGACUGGAUUAUUGACCAGAUGAAGAAAUCGGGGCUCCGAGGGCGAGGGGGCGCCGGGUUUCCCUCGGGCCUGAAGUGGAGCUUCAUGCCAAAGGACACAGCUGGACGCCCUUCGUUUCUUGUGGUCAACGCCGAUGAAUCGGAGCCUGGAACUUGCAAGGAUCGGGAAAUCAUGCGCCACGAUCCUCACAAACUGGUGGAGGGAUGUCUGGUUGCUGGAGUGGCAAUGAGGGCCAGAGCAGCCUACAUAUACAUUAGGGGUGAGUAUGUUAAUGAGCGACUUGCCCUAGAACGAGCAAUAGAUGAAGCCUACAAAGCUGGUUUUCUGGGAAGGAAUGCGUGUGGCUCAGGGUAUGAUUAUGAUGUGAUGGUGCACUACGGGGCUGGGGCUUACAUCUGUGGGGAGGAAACUGCCCUUCUGGAGUCCCUUGAAGGCAAACAGGGCAAGCCUCGUCUGAAGCCUCCAUUUCCAGCCAACGUUGGGCUGUACGGCUGCCCUUCAACAGUCACAAACGUGGAGACAGUUGCUGUUGCACCCACCAUCUUGAGGCGUGGACCAGAGUGGUUCGCAUCGUUUGGCCGGAAAAACAACCAUGGUACAAAACUCUUUUGCAUCAGCGGCCAUGUCAACAAGCCUUGCACAGUGGAGGAGGAGAUGUCAAUUCCACUCAAAGAGCUCAUUGAACGGCAUGCAGGUGGGGUGAGGGGUGGAUGGGACAAUUUGAAGGCCAUCGUACCAGGGGGCUCGUCCGUUCCACUGCUUCCAAAGAAGAUCUGUGAUGACGUGCUUAUGGACUUCGAUGCUCUCAAGGCAGUCCAGUCGGGUCUGGGAACGGCUGCUGUCAUUGUGAUGGACAACUCUACAGAUGUGAUAGAUGCCAUCUGCAGGCUGUCGUACUUCUACAAGCACGAGAGCUGCGGUCAGUGCACUCCAUGCCGCGAAGGCACAGGGUGGCUUUACGAUGUGAUGAAGCGUAUGGUGCGGGGGGACGCGCUGGUGGAAGAGAUCGACAUGCUGUGGGACGUGUCCAAGCAGAUCGAGGGCCACACUAUAUGCGCACUUGGUGAUGCCGCUGCCUGGCCUGUGCAGGGGCUUAUCCGCCAUUUCAGGCAUGAAAUGGAGGACAGGAUAACGAUGGCCAGCGAACAGGCGCUAGCUGCCUGA